AUGCCUGGCAUUCCGUUUGGCGCCCUUGACAACUUGAAGGGCAAGCUUAAGGCUGCCUUCAAGAAGCGUGGUGAGAAGAAGGCUGCCGCGGCCAACAAGACCGAGGCCGCUCCCGCUACCGAGACGGCUGCUGCCCCCGCUGCCGCUGCCGGUACUGCGGCUGCUGCCGCUGCUCCGGCUACCGAGGUCGCGACUACUGAGACUGCUGCUGCCCCGGCUGCUGCCGCUCCGGCGGCUGAGGAGGCUCAGGCUGCCGAGGGCGCCGCUGCUGCUGCUCCGGCGGCUGCUACUGAGACUCCAGCUGCUGAGGCCCCGGCUGCUGCGGCCCCGGCUGCCGAGACUGCGGCCGCCCCCGCUACUGAGGCCGCCGCUCCGGUCGCCGCUGCCCCCGAGGCUGCUGCGGCCACUCCUGCCCCUGCGGCUGAGGCCACCCCGGCUGCUGCGGUUCCGGCUCCGGCCGCUGAGACCGCCACCGAGGCUGCUGCCGAGCCGAAGAAGGAGGAGGCCGCUCCGGCUGCGGCUGCUGCUGCUCCGACCGCUUAA